AUGGUAUCGGAUUUUGUCAAAAGUCAUAUCGGAACUUCCUCUGGUUGUCAAUUCAACUACACUCCGCAAUCGGCUUCCCAAUCGACCAGCUCAUCUGGCCGCUCUUCCUCUCCCUCACCUUCCAGCCGCUCCCGCAAAUCAUCUCUCUCUUCUGCCGCUUCGCUGUCAUCGUCUGCCUCCUCGUCGCUCUCUUCCCGUUCUUCAUCCUCCACCUCAUGCUCCAGCCCGACCUCGCAGCAUGCGUCAAAACAGCUCACUCAAUCCGUCCAACUGACAAGCCCCGGUGGAUUGAAGCCAACUGGUGAAGUGAUCUAUCGUGAGCGUAAGUUCCACAGCAGAGGAUACAUGCACAGGAACCAAUCUAACAGUACUGCAAAUGCAAGGGUGGAGGAUGAAGCUCGGGCAGAUGAAGAACACGAAGUCGGUGACGAUGGUGAUGGCGAUGUUGCAUGUCUGGCUGAGCAGGACGCCCGGCGACUUCUCGAGCAAACCCAGGCGAUGCUCAUCACCGAGGCAGCAGCCUCGAAGGGUCUGGUUGCUCGGGAUUCAUAUUUGCAUGAUCCGAUGGUGAUGCAGGCACACAAUGCUGGUGAGACAGGGCUGCAGUCAACCAUGGCGCUAGCCAGCUGUCCCGCUAGUUCAGUUGUCUCUUCGUCGCUCGCCGAGACUGGCCCAUUUCUGCCUCCUGUUCUCUCGCUUCAUCCAGCCCCCGUAGCAACUUCAGGCGUUAGCGACGCCGGGCAACUGGUCGACUCGGCGUUCCUGCGCAGCCUGGCCUUCGGCGAGCACAGACUGGAGGAGCAGCAGACAGGCUAUGCAGACCUCUUCGAGGCUCCACCCAUACCGCCGCCCAGAUCGGCAUCUACCCUCGCGUCGGCGGCUAAAACGGCCGGUCUUUUGCAUGCACACACGCAGUUUCAACCGCAUCACUUGGCCCGUUUCCCGGCCGGUCUCGACAGCGCCGGUCUCGAGCUGCGAUCCCACUCGACCUCGCUUCCCACACACUCUUCGGCCACAGUCUCGUCUCAGCAACCGACGACCAAUGCAGCCCCACUCGGCCAGUCGCCCUCGGGCUACCCAACUGCCAUUUUACCGUCCCACCAAGCCGGCCACACGGCCGAUGCUGCGAGGACAAUUGUCGCCGGAGGCGUAAAUGCCGUGGUCGGUGAUGCGGCCUACCACUCGAUGACCGUCUGGAUGGCUAAUAGACCUACUCCGGCCAACGACCAGACCGUCAACCUUGGGCCCACGCAUGGUCUUAGGGAAGUUGACGACAGCGAGUGUAAUGCCAGUAUGGGUGUUGGCGGACCCCUUACUCCUUCACUCGGUGCGCCAAGCAGCUGGUCUUUGCAAAGACUGCAUCCGUUACGCAGUCAUGUGACUCCUGUUCACAAGCGGCCUUCAGCGCCUCUGGCUGUUCCCAUUCCGGGGGGGCGACCAUCUUUUGGACAAGGUAAACCCUCCUUUCUCUUGUAUUUGCCAUAUCGUCUUUUGGUAAAUCUUCCUCUUUUCUAA